CAGCAGCUCCUCAGGCAGGAGGCUGCUCAUCACAUUUUAGCAUCAUUAUGUCAGAUCAAAGCGAGUCCAGCAGCACAGGAGACAAUCUGCUGCACACAUCUGAACAGGAACAUGGUUUACCAAGACUUCGACAGUUUUCUCCAGUUCAUGUACGUAAACUGGGGAUGACGAGAAAACUGAAAGACAGAAGGGAUUAUAAAGAAGAUGAAAAUCCAGAGGAAAAAGCAAGGAGACACAAGGAGAUGGAGCUGAAGCCUCUGUAUAAGGAGCUGCUGUACACCAUUGCACAUAAGUUGGGUAAACCGUCAUCAGCUGAGGUCUUCACAGACAGUCAGCUUCAUCAGUACAUCAAGGAGGCUUUCACUAUGACAGAGUCAGAGCACAGCACCCUGAUGGAGAAAGUACAGAGCACAGAGUCUCCAGUGUACUGUCUGAUGGCCACUGUGAAGGAAGCCACAGGAAUCCUGGGAAAAGACGUUAGUGGUUUUAGUGACCCAUACUGUAUGCUGACCAUACUGGAGGAUGAGCAGGAGAGUCGGACUCGCCGGUCCAGAGCCAAACCCUCUAAAUCUGUUGUAAAGGACGCUGUGUCACGUGAUAAAAUCUACGAAACAGACAUUAAGAAACAGACCCUGAACCCCAUCUGGAACCAAACCUUCAUAAUAGAGUUCGAAGAUGUGUCCAGUGCCAGCUUCCACCUGGAGAUGUGGGACAAGGAUGAAGAAGUGUCACUCACUCAGAAACUGGAGGAGAUCAAAACCAACUUCAAUAGUUUAAGAAGGAUGAUCAAGGACGCCAAAAAGGAGAAAGGCACAGAUGACUUUUUGGGAAAUGUUGUCUUAAAACUACAGGAUCUUCACUGUACCGAGGACAACUGGUACAACCUGGAGCCCAGAACAGAGACGUACCCUGACCGUGGCCAGUGUCACCUCAACCUCAAGUUCAUCCAUAAAUCGAGAGACGGAACGCUGAGUGCUGGUCGAAGUGCUUACAUCAACUACUGUGGGAUUCUGCAGCAGUUUGUCCAGGCUUACAUCUCUAAGCAGCAGAGUUCUGCUCCGUGGAAAGGGGAGCUGUGUGGUGAAGCUCAGACUCUGCUUGAGCUCUACGCUACACAGAACGACCUCUCGCCUUUUCUUCAGGACCUGGCGAAGUGGGUGGCUUACAGUAAGCUGUACCAGAGUUUAGAGGUGGACUCAUCUGUGCUGCUCCAGCAACUAACCAGUAUAGAAUACCACUGGCACCAGCAGGAGCUGCCCUACCAGCAGAAACAGGAACUCGGGGACUCUCUUCAUGGUUUCCUGCAAUACGGUCUGUGUCUGGUGGCCAAAUACAGAGACAUCUUCCCUCCAACUCCCCGGGCUACUCCCAAACUGCACACUCUGCUCAGGAUCUUGGUCCAGAUCUGCAAGACUCAGGCAUUUCAGAAACUGAACCCAGCUCAGUUUGAGCUUCAUGAUGAGCUCAGUGAUGCUGUAAAGAUUGGUACACAGGAGUGGUUUACCAUCAAAAAGGGUUUGCAUCAGCCAAUGACUAAGGAUCUGUCAGAGAUAGGGAGAGCCCUCUCUAGGCUCAUUAUGGAGGUGCAGGAGGACAUAAAGCACAACAAAGACGUCUGGAACAGAGUAUUUGUCAGUGCGGUGCAAGUUGAUGUCUUCACUGUUGUCUAUCACAAGUUUGAUUCCCUGCUUGCAAAAGAAGUGAGGGAAACCUUAUGCCUGAUGAAGGGUGAGAUGGAGCAGCCUCUAGCCAACAGCCUGUUCCCUGUUUAUCUGAGCCUGCAGGCCAUCCACAAAGACAAGGCCUUCUUACAAAAACGGGGAUUACUGGAGCUGACGAACUUUCAUGACGGCUUCAGAGAGGCUCUUCCUUACUGGCUCAACCAGGCGUUCAGCACCACUCAGGACAGGGUGGAGAGGGCUGUGCAGGUGGACCAGCUACAGCCUCUGGAGUCUGGUGCAGUGCCCAUAAAACACAGUUCGUCAGCAGUGGACCUGGUGGCAUGUGUCCAGCCCAUCUGCCAGCUGUGGGAGCAGCUGUCCUGGCCUGACCCUGAGGAGGCCUUCAUGCUCAUGGUCAAACUCACUGAGGAUGUGUGUAAGAUUGUGGUGAACUACUGUCACACACUGAAGGAGAGAGUCCGGGUGCUGUCUGAGAAUUCUGACCACAGCAGCGCUAUUAACAUGCUAUGUGUGGUGGUGAACGACCUGGAACACUUGCGGUCGGUGCUGACUCGACUUCCGACGCAGCUCAACUGGGCCGGACUUCGAGAUCGGACUCAGAAUGUGAUCGGGGAGAGCCAGUUCCACAACACACUGCCUUCACAGCUUCAGCAAGCCCAGAGCAUCCUGGGCCGAGAGAUCCGAUCUGCUCUAGACACUCUUGGGAAAAAGUUAAACACAGACAUUGAGACUCAUGUCAGAAGCAUGUCGACCAGACGCAGGAUUCCCUCCAAGUCCUCAGAGGAUGCUGCAGCUCCUCUUAUGCGCUAUCUAGAGCAAGAGCUGCAGUAUAUGAAUGAAAACCUGGUCCAAGAGAACUUCAACAGUCUCCUGACUCCUUUGUGGAACAACUCAAUUAAAAUCCUCUACCAGGUGGCCACUCAGCAUCCACAGCAAGAAGGGCUCAUGGUGUUCUGCCAGAGACUGCUGUAUACACUUCAGUGCCUUGAGCAGUGCUUCCAUGCUGAGGGAAACGGACUUCCGUUGACUGCACUCCAGUCGGAUGAGUACAAGGUUCUUAAAGCUCACCUCACUCACAACUCCCUGAACAGCCAGCAGCUGGUGGAGAAGUUUCUGGAAAGGAAAAUAUGGGAGCAGAAAGUGUACAGUGGAGAGAAAUAUGGUGCAGUCACCCUCCUCACAUCCUACAGAAGAUCAGACCAGAGGCUGCGAGUGGAGGUGCUGAAUGCCGUCAACCUCUUACCAAUGGACUCUAAUGGCUUCAGUGAUCCAUUUGUACAGCUGUGUCUGGAGCCGAAUCACAUCUUUCCUGAGAUAGAGCCUCGCUCCACCCAGAUCAAAAGCUGUGAUCUCAACCCUCUUUUUGAUGAGGCAUUUGAAUUUCUGGUAUCCCUGGAACAAUGCCAGGCUCUAGGGGCAUGCCUGGUGGUCACGGUUCUGGACCAUGACACCUUGAGGACAGACGACUUUGAAGGCGAGGCUUUUCUGUCCCUAAAGUCCAUACCUGGAGUUGCAGGAGCAAGAGAAGAAGAUGAACUCAACUCACAACCAGACGCCAUUCCUGCUCAAAUACGUCUACCAUUGAUGCAUCCAAAACCUAAUGAGGACAGCAUCCUGAGGUUACUGGAGUCCAGGAGAGGAGAGCGGGAGGCUCAGGGCUUCGUGAAGAAGAGAAGACAGAGAGAGAAACAGUCCCAGGAGGGCGUUCAGUCGUAACAAACACACAGAAACAAGGCGUUCUUCCAAAAAUAUACAAUUUGUUUUAAUGAUCUGUACCAAAAACAAAGAAAAAAAAAUCCACUCAGAAGGAAACACUGGUGUUGCAUGAGUUGUGUGGGGACAG